GUGUGUGUGUGUGUGUGAGCGGUUCGUUCUCCGUGCAGCACCGGGAGCCGCGCUCUCUCCCCCGGACUCUUUAUGACCGGAUUCGUGUUCUGCUGCGCGAUGUACAUGGACAGAAGCAGCCUGAGCAGAGGUCCCGCCUCCUCCUCCAGUCCCAGCGUGCUGACUCAAAGUCUGUCUCUGGAGCCGUCCUGCUCGCCGUGCGGCCACCAGGAGGCGCCGCCGCCGAGUUCCUCAUCAGGCCCCGCCUCCCUGGAGGGAGGGGCGGAGCCCACGGAGCGCCGCGGUUCUGCCAAUGGGCUUCUGCUAGUCAACGACACGGGCCCGCCGGAGCUGCCGGCGACCACGAUGACACCAGCGAGCAAGAGCCGUCCUCCGCUGCCCGGGCCGAAGCCUCAGGUCCCGCCCAAGCCCCCCCACCUCCAGCAGGCAGCGGCAGCAAGGCCACGCCCCCGGGCUCCAGACAAGCCCCUCCCCCCUCCCCCGCCCUGCAGACCGCUGCCAGCCGAUCCUCGCGGUGGCUGGACUCCGCCCACACGAGGCGAUGGCACCGCCUCCCCGACCUGCGUCCUGUCACUCAUCGAGAAGUUUGAACGGGAGCAGAUCAUCGUGGUUCCUGACAUCACCGGCGGAGCUCUGUGUCCCCGCCUCCCCGACCCCUCCUCCUCCCCCUCCUCAUCCUCCCGUCCUUCCUCGCCGCCACUGUCCUCCUCGUUGGCCCUGCCCCCUCCUGAUGACAAGCCGCCCUCUGAGGUCAGGGGUCAUAAAGACAUCACUGUGGGUGGGGGGGAGGAGGAGGGAGACGCCGACCUGCAGGACGACCACGAUGAUGAUGAAGAUGACGAUGAAGAUGAUGAUGAUGAUGAUGAUGACAACGACGAGGAGCUGGCGGCGGCGUGCCGUGACGACCUCCGUCAGAAGCGCCUGUCAAUGGAGUCGGGUUACAGCCCGUCAGAGAAGCAGCUGGAGGAUGAUGUUGUUAACGUGGAGAUGAGGGAGCAGCCGGCAACGGCGCAGCCACUCCUCGACCAAUCAGAGCCCUCGGAGCGCCUGUCGCUGCCGUCCUCACAGACGGAGGGGAAGCUGGCGAACCGGGACAGCGGCAUCGACAGCAUCAGCUCACCGUCACACAGCGAGGAGCUCUGCUUCGCCGGCGUGGAUGACGGGGGCGUGGUCUACCCCUGCAGCCCGGCCCUCCUGCCCCGCCUCUCCAGCUCAUCGUCGUACGCCGGUGAGGGCGGAGACGGCGAGGAGGGCGAGGCAAGGGGCGGGGCCAGGAGGAGGCGGGACUUCUCUGAGGAGGGAGACAGCGACCUGGAGGAGGAGGAGGCAGAGCUAACGCUGGUGCUGCCGCACCCCAAAGCAGACAGACAGGACUCCACGGAGCUGUCUGUUCAGCAGAGGGUCUUCAACAUCGCCAACGAGUUGCUGCACACAGAGAUUGCCUACGUCUCCAAGCUCCAUCUCCUGGACCAGGUGUUCUGUGCGCGCCUCCUGGAGGAAGCCCGGUCCCGCUCCUCCUUCCCCUGCGACGUGGUUCAGGGCGUCUUCUCCAACAUCUGCUCCAUCUACUGCUUCCACCAGCAGUUCCUGCUGCCGGCCCUGCAGAAACGCAUGGAGGAGUGGGAGUCUAACCCUCGUAUCGGGGACAUCCUCCAGAAGCUCGCUCCGUUCCUGAAGAUGUAUGGAGAGUACGUGAAGAACUUUGACGGAGCGAUGGAGCUGCUGAGCCUGUGGACGGAGCGGUCGGCAUCGUUCAAGACCAUCAUCCAGGAGAUCCAGAGGGAGGAGCGCUGUGGGAACCUGACCCUGCAGCACCACAUGCUGGAGCCAGUCCAGAGGAUCCCCCGAUACGAGUUGCUGCUGAAGGACUACCUGCAUCGUCUACCAGAGGACGCCCCGGAUUACAGGGAUGCCCAGAAGUCUCUGGAGCUGAUCGCCACGGCAGCAGAACACUCCAACGCUGCUAUCAAGAAGAUGGAGCGAAUGAGGAAGCUGCUGAAGGUGUACGAGUUGUUGGGAGGAGAAGAAGACAUUGUCAACCCGACAAACGAGCUGAUCAAAGAAGGACACAUCCUGAAAUUGUCCAACAAGAAUGGGACGACUCAGGACAGAUACCUCAUCCUGUUCAACGACAGGUUGCUGUACUGCGUCCCGAAGCUGCGUCUGAUUGGUCAGAAGUACGGUGUCCGCGCUCGCAUCGAUGUGGACGGGAUGGAGCUAAAGGAGACCAGCAGUGCUGCAGUUCCCCGAACGUUCCUGGUGUCUGGAAAACAGAGAUCACUGGAACUACAGGCCAGGACUGAGGAGGAGAAGAAGGACUGGAUUCAGGCGAUCCAGGUGACCAUCCAGAGACACGAGCAGACGGUGGACAGCUUCAGACAUCUGAACUGCUCGCUGCGAGAUGACGAGUCCACGCCGCCACACUCUCCGAGCUGUGUGGAGCUGGGUAAACGAGCUCCGACUCCGAUCAGAGAGAAAGAAGUGACUCUGUGUAUGAAAUGUCAGGAGCCGUUCAACUCCAUCACCAAGAGACGCCACCACUGCAAGGCCUGCGGACAUGUGGUUUGUGGGAAAUGUUCAGAGUUUCGUGCUCGUCUGUCGUACGACAACAACCGAACCAACCGUGUGUGUGUGGACUGCUACGCCAUGCUUGUGGGGGCGUCGCCCUCGCCCGCCACGCUGAGCAGCAGCACCCAGAGGAGACGCUCCAUCCUGGAGAAACAGGCCUCCCUGGCAGCAGAGCACAGUGUGAUUUGUAGUUUUUUGCACCACAUGGAGAAAGGAAGUGGGCGGGGCUGGCAGAAGGCGUGGUUCGUCAUCCCGGAGAACGAGCCACUGGUGCUCUACAUCUACGGAGCGCCACAGGACGUGAAGGCUCAGCGCAGCGUUCCUCUGAUCGGCUUCGAGGUUUCUCUCCCUGAGUCAUGUGACCGUCUGGAGCGCCGCCACGCCUUCAAGAUCUCCCAGAGUCACCUAACGCUGUUCUUCAGCGCCGAGGGGGAGGAGCUACAGCGGCGCUGGAUGGACGUCCUGCUGCGGGCCGGGAGGGGGGAGGAGCCUCAGCUCCACCGGCCAAUCGCAGAGAGUCUGGAAGAGGAGGGGGAGGAGCUAUUGGCAGCGGCAGAGGGCGAGAACACGUGAUUCUAUUUGACGAGAAUGGACGGAGAUGAUGAAGAUCACACACACAC